AUGAGAGAUGAAUUAUUGGCUAAGAAGAAGGAUGAGGAAGCUAAGAAAAAAGACGUAAAAGAAGAGCCUCCAAAGAAACUCGAUGAUUCGAAGAAAGAUGAGGAUGAGAAGAGAAAGAAGGAAGAAGCCUUAAAGAAACAACGUGAAGCUGAAGAAAAGGAAAAAGCCAAAAAACUGGCGGAAGAGAAAAAAUUAAAGGAAGAUGAAGAGAAGAGAAAGAAGGAAGAUGAAGCUAAGAAGAUGAGAGAUGAAUUAUUGGCUAAGAAGAAGGAUGAGGAAGCUAAGAAAAAAGACGUAAAAGAAGAGCCUCCAAAGAAACUCGAUGAUUCGAAGAAAGAUGAGGAUGAGAAGAGAAAGAAGGAAGAAGCCUUAAAGAAACAACGAAGAUGAAGAGAAGAGAAAGAAGGAAGAUGAAGCUAAGAAGAUGAGAGAUGAAUUAUUG